UUGGCUCUCAGCAGCUCUGAACUGCGGUCAUUUUUUGGAGGGGCAUUUCUCCUCGAAGAAGACGCUCAUGGCGGCGACCGCUCGAGGUGUGGGGGGUGCAGGCCGAGGCCUCACUUUCGCAAGCACCCAUGUGAAGGCAACAAGCGGACUCACUCGACGCAGUCUCCCACGACGAGACGAGGUCGAGUCUAGCCGGUCUCACACGGUAACUUUUUCCCAGGGGCAAGCUGAAGGCUCCCGCUUUCUUGGCGCAGGGGCUGCGAGCUUCGCCGGCGGCUUCGCGUCAGCCUUCGGCCGGCGGCCGAUGGCCAUGAGGAGCAAACUGAAAGAAGGCAGCGCGCCAGUUCAGGAGAUGACGGAGAGGACGUCCUUGGAGGCCGAGGUGGAUGCCGCCGGCAGUGUUGGCCUCCGGGCCGACUGGUCUGAGAUGGCGAUCCGGCGGAUGUGGACCCGCGCAGACUCUUGGCAUGUUCAUGCCAUCUCUGGCGGGCUUCACACAGUGAUCGGUCUGUUCUACCUCUUGGAUAUCCUAAUUGGAGAUGUGAUUCGCCUCAACGGCGGCGAGUGGUCCUCUCAUGUGCCAUUUGAGCUGGUGCUUGCCUCCAUGGUCUUUGGAGCGAUCAACGCGGUCUCAGGGCUUCAGCCCUCUUUGUUGCCUCGGCCCUUCGACAAUCUCUCGCAACUCUUGGGCUUCGGCGAGGAUGGAAACCUCCAAGCAGCAGGCUUUGUGAAUACCGCAGGCUUCUAUUUCUUUUUGACCUAUCAGAGCCUUCGAGUUCUGCCGGAAUACCCUGUGUGGUUGCAGCCCUUCGAUCCACUCUUUUCGGCCACGGCCUUCCUGGCGAUCUUCCACGCCAUUUUCCUCAUCAAUAGUUGGGUGUCCAGAGGCAAAUUGAGUCAAGAAUUUGCCAUUGGCAUGAGUGCGCCGCUCUUGCUGAAUGUGCCUGUGUCUUUGCACCUGGUUCUUCAAGGAGAAUGGUGGGUCGAGGCACUCUCCACAGCCUAUCCUGGCUGGCCUGCAGUCUUCUUCUCCGCCAACUAUGCCUUGGCUUGGGCAGGAUCUAUGGUGACCUUGGUGCUGUCUCUCUACGAACGGAAGGUCUGCGAUUUACAACAGCGUGCACUGCUGACCGUGUUCCUGGGCGCAAUCUGCUUCACCGUGAUCCCACUGCGUGCCGCUUUACUGGUGCCACAGUGGUUCCAGGGCGACUGGAUGGUGAUGCUGACCCUGAACCCUCCGAGCUGAGUGGAGACCUCCCUCUCGCCUCGGUGACCGCGGAUCCGAGUGGAUUCGCAACAAAUCGAUCGAACUGACCCACCAGUUGUGCCCCGCCCUCGAAGAAAAGAGCGCAGUCCGGGCCCCAACCGGUCUUUAGGGGGCGCCAACGGUGCGGCGCGGCGUGGAGGGAUCGGAGGUCGAUGCGUGGGAACAGAAGUCAACGGAGCGAAGACAGAAGAGAUCAGAAGAUUUUGUGGGAUUCUUUGAGUGAGAGUUGGUUGAUGUUGGUUGUAAACAGCACGGAGAGAGGUGGAAAAGCUAUGCAGCUACAGCU